AUUUUCUUCCACGCCGAAAGUAUCGUGUUAGCAAUUGUAAAGUAUAAGCGUCUAACUGAGAAAAAAAAUAUUCGGUGUGUAAGGCGAAAGCCUUACAAUAAUAAAAAUGGAGAUGGACAAGAUUCCCCGGACGAGUGAUGAAAUUGAUGCUCACAUUCGAGAAAUUCAAGAAAAAAAGAAAACAAUACAAACCACUACUACACUCGAAAAUCAGUUUGGACUUGAUGGGAAAUCUGGAUAUUAUGAUGAAUAUUAUGAUGGAGCUAACAGUAAAUUUGAUGGAUAUGUAACAUCUAUUGCUGCUAAUGAUGAACCUGAUGAUGAUGAUUAUGAACCAACUACAUUUAGCUCUAAUAAGAAAGGAUUUAAUGCUCCAGCUGCUUUGCUUAAUGACAUAGCACAGAGUGAGAAAGAUUAUGAUCCCUUUGCUGAUAGAAGACGACCAACAAUUGCUGAUAGAGAAGAUGAAUAUAGACAAAGAAAACGUCGCAUGAUUAUUUCUCCAGAACGUGUUGAUCCUUUUGCUGAAGGUGGAAAAACUCCCGAUGUCGGUUCGAGGACGUAUACGGAGAUUAUGAAAGAGCAGCUUUUGAAAGGAGAAGAAUCAGAGAUCCGUAAGAAAUUAGCCGAAAAAGCAAAAGAUGGAACUUUGAAAUCAAAUGGAGAACCCAAACCAGCACCAAAGAAACGAGGUCGUUGGGAUCAAACGGACGAUACACCAACUCCUAAAAAGCCAAUUAUUACCGGUGCAGCGGCUACACCAACUUCUUGGGAUACAGCUGAUGCUACACCAGCAGCAGUACGUUGGGACGAAACUCCUGGUCAUGGCAAGGGAGGUGAAACCCCCGGAGCCACUCCAGGUGUUAGCACCAGAAUGUGGGAUGCAACGCCGGGACAUGCAACGCCUGGAGCUACUACUCCUGGUCGAGAAACGCCACAUGAUAAGAUCACGUCUUCUAGUCGUAGAAAUAGGUGGGAUGAAACACCCAAGACAGAAAGAGAAACACCUGGUCACGGUAGCGGCUGGGCGGAAACUCCCAGGACGGACAGAGUCGUGGGUGAACUUAUUCAAGAGACACCAACACCAUCGGCCAGUAAGCGAAGGAGUAGGUGGGACGAGACUCCCUCGACACAAACGCCCGGAUCUAUGACACCGCAGACACCCGCGACACCGCUCACUACGCCGCAUCAGACAUCAAUUCUUACUCCCAGUGGUACAACACCCGUGGGUCCAAAAGCUAUGGGAAUGGCUACACCCACACCUGGUCAUCUUAUGUCAAUGACACCAGAACAGUUGCAAGCUUACCGGUGGGAACGUGAGAUCGACGAAAGGAAUCGAAUGCUGUCUGACGAUGAUUUGGAUGCUAUGUUCCCUCCUGGUUACAAAGUAUUACAACCUCCUGCAGGUUACGUACCAAUUAGAACACCCGGAAGAAAACUAACGGCUACUCCAACUCCCAUCGCAAGUACACCGCAAGGCUUCUUCAUUCAAACGGAAGACAAAAGUGCAAAAAUGAUUGCCGAUCAGCCGAAGGGCAAUCUACCAUUUAUGAAGCCAGAAGAUACACAAUACUUUGAUAAACUUCUGAUCGACGUGGACGAAGAGUCUCUUAGUCCAGAAGAACAGAAAGAAAGAAAAAUCAUGAAGUUAUUACUCAAGAUUAAAAACGGUACUCCACCGAUGCGUAAAGCUGCUUUACGACAAAUCACGGACAAAGCCAGAGAAUUUGGUGCUGGACCAUUGUUUAAUCAAAUUUUACCCCUUCUUAUGUCGCCUACAUUGGAAGAUCAAGAGAGACAUUUACUUGUAAAAGUUAUUGACCGUAUUUUAUACAAAUUAGAUGACUUAGUAAGACCAUACGUACACAAAAUUCUUGUUGUUAUUGAACCUUUACUUAUUGACGAAGACUACUACGCGCGUGUAGAAGGCAGAGAAAUCAUAUCAAAUUUGGCCAAAGCUGCAGGUUUAGCUACUAUGAUUUCAACCAUGAGACCUGAUAUUGACAAUAUCGACGAAUACGUAAGAAAUACAACAGCCAGAGCGUUUGCUGUUGUAGCUUCGGCUUUAGGUAUUCCUUCGCUGUUGCCUUUCCUAAAAGCUGUGUGUAGAAGUAAGAAAUCUUGGCAAGCUCGACACACUGGUAUCAAAAUCGUACAACAAAUCGCUAUUCUGAUGGGUUGUGCUAUUUUACCGCAUUUAAAGAGUUUAGUAGAAAUUAUUGAACACGGUCUUGUAGAUGAACAACAAAAAGUCCGGACAAUCACUGCUUUGGCUAUAGCAGCCUUGGCCGAAGCUGCUACACCAUAUGGUAUUGAAAGCUUUGACUCAGUACUGAAACCAUUGUGGAAGGGUAUUCGUACACAUAGAGGCAAAGGUUUAGCUGCUUUCUUAAAAGCUAUCGGUUAUUUAAUUCCUCUCAUGGACGCUGAAUACGCUAACUACUAUACUCGUGAAGUAAUGUUGAUUUUAAUUCGUGAGUUCCAGUCUCCAGACGAAGAAAUGAAGAAAAUUGUAUUAAAGGUAGUGAAACAGUGUUGUGGAACAGAUGGUGUGGAAGCUCAGUACAUCAAGGAUGAAAUUUUACCGCACUUUUUCAAACACUUCUGGAAUCAUAGGAUGGCUCUGGAUCGGCGAAAUUACCGACAACUUGUCGAUACAACUGUUGAAAUUGCAAAUAAAGUUGGUGCUUCAGAAAUUAUCAACAGAAUCGUUGAUGAUUUGAAAGAUGAAAACGAACAGUACAGAAAGAUGGUCAUGGAAACUAUUGAGAAAAUUAUGGGUAACUUGGGAGCUGCUGAUGUUGAUUCGCGUCUUGAAGAACAGCUUAUUGAUGGCAUUCUAUACGCUUUUCAAGAACAGACGACUGAGGAUGUUGUAAUGUUGAAUGGUUUUGGAACCAUCGUGAAUACGUUAGGUAAACGUGUAAAACCUUACUUACCACAGAUUUGUGGUACGAUAUUGUGGCGACUUAACAAUAAGUCAGCUAAAGUUCGACAACAAGCUGCUGAUCUUAUUUCUAGAAUUGCUGUCGUCAUGAAAACUUGUCAAGAAGAAAAACUCAUGGGACAUUUGGGCGUUGUACUUUACGAGUAUCUGGGUGAAGAGUACCCUGAAGUAUUAGGCAGUAUUUUGGGAGCUUUGAAAGCUAUCGUCAAUGUUAUUGGAAUGACAAAAAUGACACCGCCUAUUAAAGAUUUACUUCCUAGAUUAACACCUAUUUUGAAAAACAGACACGAAAAAGUACAAGAAAAUUGUAUCGAUUUAGUUGGUAGAAUAGCCGAUAGAGGACCUGAAUAUGUCUCAGCUCGAGAAUGGAUGCGAAUUUGUUUUGAACUUCUGGAAUUAUUGAAAGCACAUAAGAAAGCAAUUAGACGAGCUACUGUAAAUACAUUUGGUUAUAUUGCCAAAGCCAUUGGUCCUCAUGAUGUAUUAGCUACACUGUUGAAUAAUCUUAAAGUUCAAGAACGUCAAAAUCGUGUCUGUACCACUGUCGCUAUUGCCAUUGUCGCUGAAACUUGUAGCCCAUUCACAGUAUUGCCUGCACUUAUGAACGAAUACAGAGUACCAGAAUUGAAUGUUCAAAAUGGUGUUUUAAAAUCAUUAUCGUUCUUGUUUGAGUAUAUCGGAGAAAUGGGUAAAGAUUAUAUAUACGCUGUUGGCUCCUUGCUUGAAGAUGCCCUCAUGGAUAGAGACUUAGUACAUCGACAAACUGCGUGUGCAGCAAUCAAACACAUGGCUCUAGGAGUCCACGGUUUCGGCUGUGAAGAUGCAUUGAUACAUUUGUUGAAUUAUGUUUGGCCAAACGUGUUCGAGACUUCGCCACAUUUAGUGCAAGCUUUUAUGGAUUCUGUUGAUGGACUUCGAGUGUCAUUAGGACCAGUGAAAAUUCUUCAAUAUACACUACAGGGAUUAUUCCACCCUGCAAGAAAAGUACGUGACGUGUACUGGAAAAUUUACAAUUCUCUUUACAUUGGAGGUCAAGAUGCCCUUGUUGCAGGAUAUCCAAGAAUCAUGAAUGACCCAAAGAAUCAGUACAUUAGAUACGAAUUGGAUUAUAUUUUGUAAUUUUUAAUUUUGUAUAAAUUCUAAGAUUUACUUUAAAUAGUUAUGCUUAAAACGUAUUUACGCAAUGGCUUUCAAUAAAAUUUUCAAUGCUCUAAGGAAUUUUCAGUAUCCUAGUAUCUAUUUGAUCAACUUUUCUUCCUAGUUAUUUCUCGAAUAUGUAUAAUAACGCGAAAAAAAAUUUUUAAUGUAUAUUACCAACAUAGUGUUGUAUAUAGCAUCGAAUCAAAAAAUGAUUGUUUGGCCAAGUCGAUUAUUAAGUAGUAAUAUAUUAUGACAUAAGUACGGGAAAAUAGAUUCUUGUCUUGUGUGGAAUUUACGCUCAAAUGAACUCAGGAUAGAAAGUCACACGCAACGAGAAUCUCUAUCCUAAAUAUAUAUCGUACGAUAUUUUUUCGCACUUUGCGCACGGAAUAUUUGGAAGAUAAUUUUCGAUGCUCCAUGAUUUAUUUAAAUCCAUCCUUGUUUCGCUUGAGUGUAAACACCACACAAGAUAAGAAUACUUUCCCACAUUUGUAUUGUCUUCUGUAUUAUUUUGAAAAGUCCUCUUUAUCAUAAAUAUUAAGUAUCGAUUUUUUAGACAAACUGAUAGAUUAUGUCGGUUUAGCUAUAUCAAUGCUCUAUUAAAGAACAAAUUUAUAACAAUUACUUUUAAAGAAUCGGCUUGCUUAAACGUAUUGUCUUUGAAUCAAUGAAAUUAUAUAAUACGAAAUUAUUAAAUUGUGUACUUUUCUCUGCGUUAUUAUAUAUAUUGGCAACGAAACUAAGGAGGCAAAUUUCUUAUCUUCAUAUGGUAUAUGCAUACAUUUAAAGAGACCUUAAUAAGAAGUUUUAUUAUGUUUCACUUCGUAAAUACGUUGUAUUUGACAAUAGAAUACUAGUAAGAGUAGAUUGGUUCAUAACUGUUAAUUGAGUUUUCACUUAUUUGGAAACGUAUUAUUCGAUCUUUUUCUAAUUUAUAUCUCACAUUUCAAUUUGUCGGACUUGCCUCUUGA